AUGCCACUCACAACCCCUACCCCUCCACUUGCUACCGCUCAUCACACGCCGGCCACCUACUGGUUUGUCGUUCCCGAUGGCUCACGCGGCCAUACAACGGCUGAGCAGCUACAAACAACAUGGCUUCUCACCAUACCCCCGCGCCAGCUCUCGCUUCGCCACAUCUCCUCCAUCCACCACACCUCCACGCCCCACUGGGGAACACUAGCUACUGGCAACCCCACUCCUCUCCACAUCGGAUUCUUCACCACAGGCAAUACACUCGAGCUCCUCACCUCUGCCCAGCUGUACUGGACGGCCAUACUUCAACUCAUCGAUGCCACCCAUUGGCUGCAUAGGCUUCCCCCAACCACUCUCCUCAGCUCGGAGGAAACUCCCACGGCAGAUGCCCCACGACUUCUCACUGCCCCCACACACUGCCUGCACUGGGCCCAGACCUCCAUUCCUGACUACGACCCAUAUGCCCUCGAAUCCCGCGCAUUCCUAACGGCUACGUACCCUACUAUAUACCACGCUACCCCAGGCUGGACAACCUUCCCAACCAUGACUCACUCCACACAAGCCUGGGCAGCCUCAAUUACCCAUCUCCGCGCUCCACUUUUCCAUACCCAAUGGUUCGUGGCGCACUGGGCAGUCCUCCGCCGACAUUGGCAAACUACAUGCGCUACUAACGUGGACCACAUCCGCACCACAGGGGAACUACCCCUCCUCACUGAGGUUAACAACACCAUCCGGCUUAAACGCCGCCACCACGAUGCCGCCCCCAUGGGCCACGACCGACGUAUCCGUGCCCGCAGAGCCCACCUUACAGCCAAGACGCUGCAAUGGCACUCCCAUCGAAUCUCCUUACUACAACCCGCCAUCCCACCUCCCAUAGGCUACGCCGACCCGACCCUACGGCCACCGCGUCUCCCCCCGGACCUCGGACUACCACCUCCAGCGGUAUAA